GGAUUACCCGAGUAAAACAUUCCAGCGCAGCUCUGCAAAGGUCUUGGGCGCGGGCCUGCGGCGUGCGCGGCCGUUCCGGGUCCGGCCCAGGUCCCAGGAAAGCCCCAGGUGGGGCCCGCGCCCUCCUCCGGGCCUGAGUCACUGCGCCGCCCGAGUCCCCACGCUGGGAUGCUGCGGUAGCGCGGCCGGGACGCCGCGGCCCGGGCGCAGCGUCGGGUUCGGGUCGCGCUCGGGCAGCCACACCGCGGUAGCGCGCUCCCGGCCGGCCGCUGAGUCCGCCGCCCCGAGCUGCCUUGAACCCUCGCGGGCGGCCCUCCAGCGCCGCCCUCAUGGCGUUCAUCCGGAAGAAGCGGCAGGAGCGGCAGCUGCAGCUCUACUCCAAGGAGAGGUUUUCCUUGUUGCUGCUUAACUUGGAGGAAUACUACUUUGAACAGCACACAGCCCAUCACGUUCAGCACCGGGGCAGUGGUGAGGACCGGAAAAUCAGAGGCUCCUUAAAAAUAUGUUCAAAAUCAGUGAUUUUUGAACCAGAUGCAACAUCCCAGCCCAUUAUGAAGAUUCCUUUAAGAGACUGUAUAAAAAUAGGAAAGCAUGAAGAAAACACAGCCAAUAGACACCCUGCCAAGGCAAAAUGUGCAGGGAUUUCACUUAUUUUUAGUCAGGUAUAUUUCAUUAAAGAACAUAAUAUUGUUGCACCAUAUAAAAUAGAAAGGGGCAAAAUGGAGUACGUCUUUGAGUUGGAUGUCUCAGGGAAGGUGGAAGACGUGGUGGAGACUCUGCUUCAGCUGCACAGAGCAUCCUGCCUUGACAAACUGGGUGACCAGACUGCCAUGAUAACAGCUAUCUUGCAGUCACGCUUGGCUAGGACAUCGUUUGACAAAAACAGAUUCCACAGUGUGUCUGAAAAGCUGCACACGGAGUGCAAAGCAGAGAUGGUGACCCCGCUGGUGACAAACCCUGGGCACGUGUGCGUCACGGACACCAACCUGUAUUUCCAGCCUCUCAAUGGGUACCCGAAACCCGUGGUCCACAUCACUCUUCAGGAUGUCCGCCGCAUUUACAAGCGGAGACACGGUCUCAUGCCCUUGGGCUUGGAAGUAUUCUGCACCGAUGACGACCUGUGUUCCGACAUCUAUCUAAAGUUUUAUGAGCCUCAAGAUAGAGACGACAUCUACUUCUACAUUGCCACGUACCUAGAGCACCAUGUCGCCGAGCACACAGCAGAGAGCUACAUGCUGCAGUGGCAGCGGGGACACCUUUCCAACUACCAGUACCUGCUGCACCUCAACAACCUGGCAGACCGCAGCUGCAAUGACCUCUCCCAGUACCCGGUGUUCCCAUGGGUAAUAAGUGACUAUUUCAGCCCAGAUUUAGAUUUGUCAGAUCCAGGAACCUUCAGGGACCUUAGUAAGCCAGUGGGAGCCCUGAAUAAGGAACGGCUGGAGAGAUUGCUGACUCGCUACCAGGAAAUGCCUGAUCCAAAAUUCAUGUAUGGAAGCCACUACUCUUCCCCAGGUUACGUGCUCUUUUACCUCGUUAGGAUAGCUCCGGAGUACAUGCUGUGCCUGCAGAAUGGAAGAUUUGAUAACGCAGACAGAAUGUUCAACAGUAUUGCAGAAACCUGGAAAAACUGUUUGGAUGGUGCAACAGAUUUUAAAGAAUUGAUUCCAGAGUUCUAUGGUGAUGAUGUCAGCUUUCUAGUCAACAGUCUGAAACUGGAUUUGGGAAGGAGACAAGGAGGGCAGGCAGUUGAUAAUGUCGAGCUUCCUCCGUGGGCCUCAAGUCCCAGGGACUUUCUCCAGAAGAGCAAGGACGCGCUGGAGAGCAGUUACGUGUCAGAGCACCUUCACGAGUGGAUCGAUCUUGUAUUCGGCUACAAGCAGAAGGGCAGUGAUGCUGUUGGGGCCCAUAAUGUAUUUCAUCCGCUGACCUAUGAAGGAGGUGUAGAUUUGAACAGCAUUGAAGAUCCUGAUGAGAAAGUGGCCAUGCUAACCCAGAUCUUAGAAUUCGGGCAGACACCAAAGCAGCUGUUCCUUACCCCACAUCCUCAGAAGAUCACCUCCAAGUUUAAAAGGACCUCCCAGGCCUCCAGUUACACUGUUUCUGUGGCAGACUCCCCAGUUUCUCCAGGUGAAGAGUCUUUUGAAGACCUGACUGAAGAAAGCAAAACACUGGCCUGGAAUAACAUCACCAAGCUGCAGUUACAUGAGCAGUAUAAAAUCCACAAAGAGGCGGUUACGGGAAUAGCAGUCUCUUGCAAUGGAUCUUCAGUCUUCACAACAUCUCAAGAUUCCACCUUGAAGAUGUUCUCUAAAGAAUCCAAAAUGCUACAAAGAAGUAUAUCAUUUUCAAAUAUGGCUUUAUCAUCCUGUUUACUCUUACCAGGAGAUGCUACUGUCGUAAGUUCUUCCUGGGACAAUAACGUCUAUUUUUACUCCAUAGCAUUUGGAAGACAGCAGGACACAUUAAUGGGGCACGAUGACGCUGUCAGUCAGAUCUGCUGGCAUGACGACAGGCUGUACUCCGCGUCCUGGGACUCCACAGUGAAGGUUUGGUCUGGUGUCCUUGCAGAAAUGCCUGGCACCAGAAGACACCAGUUUGACUUGCUGGCUGAGCUGGAACACGAUGUCGGUGUAGGUACAAUCAGUUUAAAUGCAGCGAGCACCCUGCUGGCUUCAGGCACCAAAGAAGGCACAGUGACUGUUUGGGACCUCACGACAGCCACCAUACUGCACCAGAUGCCGUGCCAUGUGGGGGCUGUGUGCGCUACUGGUUUCAGCCCAGAUAGCCGCCACAUCCUCAGCACAGGAGCAGAUGGCUUUGUGAAUGUGAUCGACGUGCAGACAGGAAUGCGCAUCUCAUCCAUGGGGGCAGACAAGCCCCAGAGGUGCUUCAUCUGGGAUGGAAAUUCGGUUCUUUCAGGAAGUGAGUCUGGUGAGCUGCUGGUGUGGGACCUCCUUGGCGCAAAAGUCAGAGAGCGAAUACAGGGCCACAGUGGUGCAGUGACCUGCAUGUGGAUGAAUGAACAGUGCAGCAGCGUCAUCACAGGAGGGGAAGACAGACAGAUUAUGUUCUGGAAACUGCAGUAUUAAGUGCCUUUCCCUUUCUUGACUCUGUUUUUAAACCGAACUUUCAGAUGAACUGGUGAAUGUGCAGGGACAGUAAUUCCAAGUUUUACACAUGGAAAAUGUGUGGCUCUAAAUCAUGGUGACUUCAUUGAAAGCCAGUAGUUGCCAUCUUCUAAGGCAGAUAAAACGUGACCACACUGGGGGGGAGAAAACAUUACACGCACAGGGCCAAUGAUGAUCAUCCUGGUGCAAGGAUGGCGGAAGGCAAGAAUGGCUGGCAAAGCAGCUAAGAAACACCGUGGAUGGGGACACACCGAAUGCACUGGGGAAGUCUAGAAUUUUCCAAGAAAACGUGGUGUCUUCUGCUUUGAGUCAGUCCUGUCUUGUUUUCCUAGUUUACCAGCUGCUGCCCUGGGGUUGUAGGUGUACGUGUUUUCACGGAGUGGUUCCCUUAUAUAAUGCUGUACCCAGAUUCUAAGAACCUGGGGAGGUUAGCAGUUCUUAUAACAGUAAAGUGUACUGUGUAUAGGAACAGUUUGUAUUUCACUAAGCUAUUAAAUGCUCAUCUUUUUUACAUUAAAAAUAUUUUUCUGUACUAAAA